UGUGAAAUAGUGUUUCAUACCGCUAUUGUUUCCCAUGAUAUAUUUUUCCAUGUCUGUUUUGUCGACUGCUUGUGCUCCUGAAGAGGAACGUCAGAUGUACAGAUGCCACACAUCGCACGUCAGAGGGAUGGCACUCUCCAGUCUUGACCCUGAUGUAGUAGACGUAGAUACCGACUGCCGUGAUUUGCUGACGGACCUACAUGAAAGUCCACAGCGCAUGGCGCCGCGUCUCCGCCAACGCCUGGAAGCUGUACAAGCGAGGAUUAGCAGGUCGGUCAGAGAGAAAACCGAUCUGUAUCUUGAUAGACAGAACACAGAGCAACACAUUGAAAUGUUAGACAAACAGGACGAAAUUCUUCGGGAGAAAGUCGUGAUUCUGAAAGCUGAGAUAGACAGACUCAAGAAGACCUGUGCUAACAGAGAACAGAUUCUAACCGACGCGGAGAGAACAGAGGGAAGUUACCUCGAGUUUUACACAACCUGGGCUAUGGCGGCACAUAUGACGGUCUUUCCAGUGUGUUUCGUCAUAGGAGCGCUGCUCAAUGUAAUUUCAAAACGUCAUGAAACAGCAAGAAGCAAUGUUAAAGACGCCAGAGAACACUUGUCUUCAGCUGCACGGAAACUGGACGAUACCAAACGUGUGCUGCAGGAAACCCAAUGCAGUAUUGAAAGUGGGCGCGAUUCGAAAGGGCGUUAUGAGGGUAAAGUGAAGGCAUUAAAGGAACAAACUGAUGGCGUCUACACCGACUUGAAAAGUCUUACCAUGCAAGAAACACGCAUCAAGAAACAAAUAACAUUGUGUUGAGAAUACUCCAACAAAUUCCAACACAGGUUGGAGCAGGACAGUAUACCCCUCGGCCAACUGUACGAGGACAUCAGCUGUUCACAUGAACACAUGGACAUGUUGGACAAGGACGACGAUGUAACAAUGACGUUCUAGAAGCUCCUCUGUAUCCCCAACAUGAACAACGGCGUGGAUACAGUUGCACUGUUUGUUUCAGUGUGGUGUAACGGUGCAUUGUUUCAACUUUUGUUCGGUUGGUUUCCAAACUUAACUUGUCUGACCAUUCUGCUUGUUGCCUGCAUUGUGAUGUUGUCAUAAAGAUCGUUAGGUGCUUCAUAGAUCGGCAGCGAUUGGCUGUAUCAGUCCAGAUAAUGACUAUAAAUAUGAUCACACGUUCGAAUGGUGAUCAUAUCAUAUCUCUCUCACUAUGGAGUGAGCUGGAAAGCUUACUCCGCUCUUGCUAGAUGAUUGCAGGAAUAACAUUGUGCAGUGAGCGAGAACAGUCGGAUGGACUAACAUGAUCGUGGUGGUCAGUUCGAUGAACUGAGUGUCAAAUGGAACAUUAUGGACAGUUAAAUGAUUAAAUUUAUAAUGCUAUCUUAGGAUCGUGGCACAAGGCUGCAGACAGUGAACACAUGGCCUAUCAUGCGGAUUAACUUUAAUUGAUUGUAGUAGAAAUAAGUAUUUAAAAGAAACAGCAAGAAUCAUUAUUAGUUAUAAAAUAGGUGUGUGUGUGUGUGUGUGUGGUGUAUGUGUGUGUGUGCGCGCGUGCUUGUGCGUGUGCGUGCGUGCGUUGUGAUUAAGGGUCUAUACAUUGUGGAAAGUAAAUAAA